AUGAAGCAGGUGAAUAGGGGGGGUAUAAAGAGCGAGGGAUUACCUUGUGGUCUGUUCUCAAGUGGGACCCAGGAAUCGUCGUCCUUGUCUGACUGUAGUAAAGGACUGUCACGGAUUGUCGUCCUGUCGCCCAGGUUCUCGGAGGGGGUCUGGUCAGGGCCGGGGGACGGUUCUGGAGUAUAUCCAUCCUCGCUACCGGGAACUAAUAUGAUCGCGGGAGGAGGAGGAGGAGGGGGUUGCUGCCGACCACGACUUGUGUUGCGACGGGGGGUCUGCAGAGGGGGGCCUGGUGCUAGGCCAGUCGCCGUCGAUCUUGACCUUGUCAUUCUCGCUUCUCGUUCCUCCGCGGCCCGUUCUUCAGCUUGUGCUAUGGCUUUGUCCAUGUUGCCGAUUGUGAUCACCGAUGUAAAGAUUCAAUUGGGUUUCUAA